AUGGGAGCUGAGGGAAUCAUUGCCCACGCCCGUGCCGCUCGAGACAGGGAGGCAGCACAUAGUGAGCAUGGCAACAAUAGAGGAGGAGACGAUGACAAUGGCGACAACAAUGACAAUGAUGAAGAUGAGGAAGACGCUAAUGGAGGUGGUGCAGAAGAUACUGCAGGAGCAGAGCAAGAGGGAGAUGACACUGACGUUGAAAUAAUACUCGUCCUUCCACUCGAUUACAUCCCACUCCCUGUACCCAAGCCUGCUUCCACCCCAGCCCAGCCAUCUGCAAGCACUACCGCUAAGAAACCCUACUACGCCACCGUCAUCCAUCGAUCACGAGAACCAGCCGACCUUCGUUAA